AUGAAGCUUUUACUUCUUUUGGUGACUGUCGUCACUGUCUUCACCUCCAGCUUCGGUGUAGUUGCAACCGUUGAUUCGUUCACGAUCACUUCCCAACACCCUCCAAUUAUCAUCCUGUCGUCUAAUGAAGCCAAAGCCGUCAAGCUCGCAGCGGCUUCUUUGGCAAAAGACAUCACUCUCGUCCUUGGCGCAAACACAACCCUGAUCUACGAUACUCUCCCCCAAAACACAACUUCACCACUCAUCAUUGUUGGCACGCUCUCUCACUCCCAACUGAUCCCGGCAGAUGUCAUAACAACUUCCUCAAUCUCCGGGAAAUGGGAAUCCUACACCCACGAGCUCGUCACCCCUUCCGACCCGGGCACCUCCUCAGCACAAGCCCUAGCCAUCACGGGCUCCGACAGACGCGGCACAGUCUUCGGCAUCUACGCCCUCUCUGAACAAAUCGGUGUAUCGCCAUGGUCCUCCUGGGCCAACGUCCCUGUCGCGACAUCUCCCACACUUACCAUCUCACCCCUUCCCAGAAUUCAAGGGCCCCCCUCCGUGAAAUACAGAGGCAUCUUCAUCAACGACGAGGAACAGUGCCUGACCUCCUGGGCCAAAACUCGCUUCCCCCUCGCAGAUUCUGACCCUCGCCGCCCCUUCACCUCACCCUUCUACGCGCGCGUCUUUGAGCUCAUCCUACGCCUCAAGGCCAACUCCAUCUGGCCCGCCAUGAAGUACAGCAUGUUCUACCUAGACGACGCCAACGGCGAGCUUGCGGAUGACUUUGGCGUGGUUGUGGGCACGAGUCACCACGAGCCGAUGGCGCGCGCAUACGCGGAGCAGACGUAUCAACUCGACGGCCGCUGGGACUGGAGCCUGAACAAGGACAACAUCACGGAGUUUAUGCGUGUAGGGGCGGAGAGGACGAAAAGCUGGGAGACGUUGUACACUGUUGGGAUGCGCGGCGAGGGAGACCGCGAGUCGCCCACCCUGACCGCGCCGCAACUUGAGGAGAUCAUCUCCGUGCAGCAGGACAUCAUCGCCUUCACCCGUAACGGUUCCUCUGACGUGGGAGCCCCUCAAGUCUGGGCUCUAUAUAAAGAGGUCGGCAAGUACUACCAAGCAGGGCUUACUGCACCCGACGACGUGACCCUGCUCUGGACGGACGACAACUUCGGCAACCUCCUCCGCAUACCGUAUCCCAAUGAAACGUCCCGUGCUGGCGGGGCAGGCGUGUACUAUCACGUCAAUUAUGUCGGAGAGCCGAAGAUGUACGAAUGGAUUAACACGAUUCAGCUCGUCAAGACGUGGGAGCAGAUGCACCUGGCAUGGGAGGCCGGAGCGAGAGAGGUUUGGAUUGUCAACGUAGGGGAUAUCAAGCCGCUCGAAAUCCCCGCAACACACUUUCUAGACAUGGCUUACGACAUGUCCCUCCACAAAACCCCUUCAAGCACGACAUCCUGGCUCCGGACGUGGGCUUCCAAGACCUUCUCCGCCGAUGUCGCCGCGCCCAUAGCGGAAGUCCUCAACCGUUACGGCCGCCUCGUCAACCGCCGCAAGUACGAGACGCUCAAUAUGCCGCCUUUCGUAUACAGCACGAUCUAUCACGACGAGGCGACCAACGCCUUGGCCGAAUGGUCCUCGCUUGUAGCUUACACCCAGGCUGUCUACGACGGUCUCCCAGAAACAUCAAGGGCUGCUUUCUACGAAAUGAUCCUCCACCCUGUCACCGCGGGCAAGACGGUCAACGAAUUAUAUAUCAAAGCAGAGCUGGGGAAGUUAUACGCAGCUCAGCGCCGCACGAGCACCAACAAGCUUGCCGCGGAGGCGCGGGCGGCCUUUUCACGCGACGCGGAGAUUACGGCUGAGUAUAACGCCCUGAACGGCGGAGAAUGGAGCGGAAUGAUGUGCCAGGUCCACAUCGGGUACACGAGGUGGUAUGAGCAGGGCCGGGAUAUCAUGCCUACGUUAUCAUACGUGAGUGACGGCGACGUGGCGGGGCUGGGAAUUAUGGGUGUAGCGGCGCAGGGCGAGGUGGGCGAUCCGGAGAGUACGGAGCUGAGCUUGUUGCCGAUGGACCCGUACAUGCCGCCCGGGGAGAGACGGUGGAUUGAUGUGUUUACGAGGGCCAACGGGACGUUCGCCUACAGCGUGCAUGCGAACGCUUCAUGGGUGUCGGUGAGUGAAUCUACGGGGGUGUUGUCAGCGAGCAAUCACUCGGAUGCGCGAGCUGUCAUCGAGGUCGACUGGAAAGCAGCACCGACAGGGCAUAGCAUCAUCUCUCUCACCAUUCGAAAGACCGACGGAAACGACACUGAGGUGACAGCACUGCUCCCUCUACGCAAUCCUUCCGUCCCGGAGGGCAGUCUGAAGGGACGGUUUCUAGAGUCGAAUGGAAUCGUCUCGAUGGAGGCGGCCCACUUCACCCAUGCUGAGACCAAGAAUGGGGUGUCGUACGUCGAGAUCCCGUACUACGGCAAGACGCUUUCGGGGAUCACACCAUGGCCUGUAACGAUUCCCUCGCUCUCCCAGGAGACAGCACCAAGGUUGGCGUAUGACUUCUACACCUUCUCAGACCACGACAAUGCUAGCGUACGGGUGUAUCUAGGCGGCUCGCGUAACUUCGACGGCACAAGGCCGCUGAAAUAUGCUUUUGCAGUCGACGAUGGGGAGGUGGUCACGGUCCAACCUGUCGGGGACAGCCCGUUGGGAUCCAACCCCGAAGGAUGGGCUGAUUCGGUGAUUACUGCGGCCAUGACGGAUUCCGACGAGCUCGCAAGAGGCUACACCCUCGUCAACGACACGCAACACAACGCGGGGCUGUUUCUCCUCAAAAGACUAGAUGUAACACCGGGCAUGCGCGUUCUUGACGUCGGAUGCGGACCCGGCGACCUGACAGCCCACAUUGCGAACAUCGUCGGGCCUGAUGGAAAAGUCACCGGCGUCGACCCAAGCAAGGAACGCAUCUCCCUCGCGCAAAAGAAGACGAGUCCGAACUUGUCCUUUCACGAGGGCAAAGCCGAGGACCUGUCGCGGUUCCCCUCGGGUAGCUUCGACAUUGUCUUCGUGAACUCCACCUUCCACUGGGUGCAGGACCAGCCCGCGGCAGUCGCGGAGUUCGCGCGCGUCCUGAGACCGGGGGGCCGACUCGGUAUGUCUGGCGGUUCCGGCGACUUCGUUGCGGCACACGAAAAGAUCAAGAAGGAAGUGUUGUCGAGAGAACCCUACAAGAACUUCCCAGUGUCGAACGGACCAAAAUUCAUCAAACGGGGGGAUUUGGAACGUCUUUUAGAGGAUGCUGGGUUUCACGAGAAAGACUUCACCAUAAACAAGAUCGUGAAGAUCGCGAAAGACGGAGAUGCCAUGAUAAACUGGUUGGAUACGAGCUCAUCUGGAAAGACUUACGGUGGUGUUCCUCCGGAGUUACAGGCGAAGGUGCGGGAGGAGAUGCUACAGGAGUGGGAUAAGCUUACCACGAAGGAUGGGAUUCACAUGGACAUGGAACUGUUGGUGACUGUGGCAACUAGAAACUGA